GAGGUGCGCUCCAAGCGGCGCGAGAUGCAGGUGGCCAGCGACCUGUUCGUGGGCGGCAUCCCGCCCGACGUGCGCCUCUCGGCGCUCACGCUCAGCACGGUCAAGUACGAGCCUCCCUUCCGCGGCCUCCUGGCCAACCUGAAGCUGGGCGAGCGGCCCCCGGCGCUGCUGGGCAGUCAGGGUCUGCGCGGCGCCGCCGCCGACCCGCUGUGCGCGCCCGCGCGCAACCCCUGCGCCAAUGGCGGCCUCUGCACGGUGCUGGCCCCCGGCGAGGUGGGCUGCGACUGCAGCCACACGGGCUUCGGCGGCAAGUUCUGCAGCGAAGAGGAGCGCCCCAUGGAAGGUCCGGCUCACCUGACGUUAAACAGCGAAGUAGGGUCCUUACUGUUCUCCGAGGGGGGGGCCGGGAGAGGAGGAGCCAGCGAUGUGCACCUGCCGACAAAAGGCAAGGAGGAGUUUGUGGCCACCUUCAAAGGCAAUGAGUUCUUCUGCUAUGACCUGUCACACAACCCGAUCCAGAGCAGCACGGACGAGAUCACGCUGGCCUUCCGCACCCUGCAGCGCAACGGGCUGAUGCUGCACACUGGCAAGUCGGCCGACUACGUCAACCUGUCCCUCAAGUCUGGGGCCGUCUGGCUGGUCAUCAACCUGGGCUCUGGUGCCUUUGAGGCCCUCGUGGAACCCGUCAACGGCAAGUUCAACGACAACGCCUGGCACGACGUCCGGGUCACCAGAAACCUGCGCCAGCACGCAGGGAUUGGACACGCUAUGGUGACCAUCUCGGUGGACGGGAUCCUGACCACCACAGGCUACACGCAGGAGGAUUACACCAUGCUGGGCUCUGACGACUUCUUCUACAUUGGGGGCAGCCCCAACACGGCUGACCUGCCAGGCUCGCCAGUCAGCAACAACUUCAUGGGCUGCCUCAAGGACGUGGUCUAUAAGAAUAAUGACUUCAAGCUGGAACUAUCCCGCCUGGCAAAGGAAGGGGAUCCCAAGAUGAAGCUGCAGGGGGAUUUGUCAUUUCGCUGUGAAGAUGUGGCUGCCCUGGACCCUGUGACCUUUGAGAGCCCGGAGGCCUUUGUGGCACUACCUCGUUGGAGCGCCAAGCGCACUGGCUCCAUCUCAUUGGACUUCCGCACCACAGAGCCCAACGGGCUGCUGCUCUUCAGCCAGGGCCGUCGGGCCGGGGGCGGGGCCAGCAGCCAUGGCUCCUCCCAGCGGGCCGACUACUUUGCCAUGGAGCUAUUGGAUGGCUACCUCUAUCUUCUUCUGGACAUGGGCUCUGGGGGUAUCAAGCUGAGGGCCUCAAGCCGCAAGGUCAAUGACGGCGAGUGGUGCCACGUGGACUUUCAGAGGGACGGGCGCAAAGGCUCCAUCUCCGUGAACAGCCGCAGCACUCCGUUCUUGGCCACCGGGGAGAGUGAAAUUCUGGACCUGGAGAGCGAGCUGUACCUGGGCGGUCUCCCUGAGGGGGGUCGGGUGGACCUGCCCCUGCCCCCGGAAGUGUGGACGGCGGCGCUCCGGGCCGGCUAUGUGGGCUGUGUGCGGGACCUCUUCAUAGACGGGAGGAGCCGAGACCUUCGGGGCCUGGCUGAGUCCCAGGGGGCUGUGGGCGUUGCCCCUUUCUGCUCCCGGGAGACGCUGAAGCAGUGCGCCUCUGCCCCAUGUCGCAACGGGGGCAUCUGUCGAGAGGGCUGGAACCGCUUCGUCUGUGACUGCAUCGGGACCGGCUUUCUGGGGCGGGUCUGUGAGAGAGAGGCCACGGUCCUGAGCUAUGACGGCUCCAUGUACAUGAAGAUCAUGCUUCCCAAUGCCAUGCACACAGAGGCGGAGGAUGUGUCUCUACGUUUCAUGUCCCAGAGGGCCUACGGACUCAUGAUGGCCACCACCUCCAGGGAGUCUGCCGACACCCUACGCCUCGAGCUGGAUGGGGGGCAGAUGAAGCUCACUGUCAACCUCGGUAAAGGCCCCGAGACGCUGUUUGCGGGGCACAAGCUCAAUGACAAUGAGUGGCACACAGUGAGGGUGGUGCGGCGUGGCAAGAGCCUGCAGCUGUCUGUGGACAACGUGACCGUGGAGGGACAGAUGGCGGGAGCGCAUACGCGGCUGGAGCUGCACAACAUCGAGACGGGUAUCAUGACGGAGCGGCGCUUCAUCUCCGUGGUGCCCUCCAACUUCAUCGGGCACCUGAGCGGGCUGCUGUUCAACGGCCAGCCCUACAUGGAUCAGUGCAAGGACGGCGACAUCACCUAUUGCGAGCUCAACGCCCGCUUUGGCCUGCGUGCCAUUGUGGCCGAUCCUGUCACUUUCAAGAGUCGCAGCAGCUACCUGGCACUCGCCACACUCCAAGCCUAUGCCUCUAUGCACCUCUUCUUCCAGUUCAAGACCACGGCCCCUGACGGGCUUCUCCUGUUCAACUCGGGCAACGGCAAUGACUUCAUUGUCAUCGAGCUGGUCAAGGGGUACAUCCACUACGUGUUUGACCUGGGGAAUGGCCCGUCCUUGAUGAAGGGGAACUCAGACAAGCCAGUCAAUGACAACCAGUGGCACAAUGUGGUGGUAUCCAGGGACCCAGGCAACGUGCACACGCUCAAGAUCGACUCCCGCACCGUCACGCAGCACUCCAAUGGCGCCCGAAACCUCGAUCUCAAAGGGGAGUUGUACAUUGGUGGUCUGAGCAAGAAUAUGUUCAGCAACCUGCCCAAGCUGGUGGCUUCCCGGGAUGGCUUCCAGGGCUGCCUGGCUUCAGUGGAUCUGAACGGGCGCCUCCCAGACCUCAUCGCCGACGCCCUGCACCGCAUCGGGCAGGUGGAGAGGGGCUGUGAUGGCCCCAGCACCACCUGCACCGAAGAGUCCUGUGCCAACCAGGGCGUCUGCUUGCAGCAGUGGGAUGGCUUCACCUGCGACUGUACCAUGACUUCCUAUGGAGGCCCUGUCUGCAAUGACCCCGGGACCACAUAUAUCUUUGGGAAGGGGGGAGCGCUCAUCACCUACACGUGGCCCCCCAAUGACCGGCCCAGCACAAGGAUGGACCGCCUGGCCGUGGGCUUCAGCACGCACCAGCGGAGCGCUGUGCUGGUGCGGGUGGACAGCGCCUCUGGCCUCGGAGACUAUCUGCAGCUGCACAUUGACCAGGGCACCGUGGGGGUGAUCUUUAACGUGGGAACGGACGACAUCACCAUUGACGAACCCAACGCCAUCGUGAGCGAUGGCAAGUACCACGUGGUGCGCUUCACUCGAAGCGGCGGCAACGCCACCCUGCAGGUGGACAGCUGGCCGGUCAACGAGCGGUACCCAGCAGGAAACUUUGAUAACGAGCGCCUGGCGAUUGCUAGACAGAGAAUCCCCUACCGGCUUGGUCGAGUAGUAGAUGAGUGGCUGCUCGACAAAGGCCGCCAGCUGACCAUCUUCAACAGCCAGGCUGCCAUCAAGAUUGGGGGCCGGGAUCAGGGCCGCCCCUUCCAGGGCCAGGUGUCCGGCCUCUACUACAAUGGGCUCAAGGUGCUGGCGCUGGCCGCCGAGAGCGACCCCAAUGUGCGGACUGAGGGCCACCUGCGCCUGGUGGGGGAGGGGCCGUCCGUGUUGCUCAGUGCGGAGACCACGGCCACCACCCUGCUGGCUGACAUGGCCACCACCAUCAUGGAGACCACCACCACCAUGGCUACCACCACCACACGCCGGGGCCGCUCCCCCACGCUGAGGGACAGCACCACCCAGAACACAGAUGACCUCCUGGUGGCCUCGGCUGAGUGUCCGAGCGAUGACGAGGACCUGGAGGAGUGUGAGCCCAGUACUGGAGGAGAGUUAAUAUUGCCCAUUAUCACGGAGGACUCCUUAGAUCCCCCUCCCGUGGCCACCCGCCGCCCGGCCUCCGGGGGCCCUUGCCAGGCCGAGCGGGACGACAGCGACUGCGAGGAGCCCAUCGAGGCCUCGGGCUUUGCCUCCGGGGAGGUCUUUGACUCCAGCCUCCCCCCCACGGACGACGAGGACUUUUACACCACCUUUCCCCUGGUCACGGACCGCACCACCCUCCUGUCACCCCGAAAACCCGCUCCCCGGCCCAACCUCAGGACAGAUGGGGCUACGGGUGCCCCUGGGGUGCUGCUCGCCCCCUCCGCCCCGGCGCCCAACCUGCCAGCGGGCAAAAUGAACCACCGAGACCCGCUGCAGCCCCUGCUGCCCCGGGUGGAGACCCCCCCCCGGGGGCCCGGGGCCCCCACGUCCUUCGAGCCGCGGAGGCCCCCUCCCCUGCGCCCCGGCGUGACCUCAGCCCCCGGCUUCCCCCAUCUGCCCACAGCCAACCCCACGGGGCCUGGGGAGCAGCUCUGCAUCCUCAUCCUCCUGUACGCCAUGUACAAGUACCGCAACCGCGACGAGGGCUCCUACCAGGUGGACCAGAGCCGGAACUACAUCAGUAACUCAGCCCAGAGCAACGGGGCUGUGGUGAAAGAGAAGGCCCCGGCUGCCCCCAAGACGCCCAGCAAGGCCAAGAAAAACAAGGACAAGGAGUAUUACGUCUGAGCCCCGGCACCGCGCCCCACUGCCAGCCGCCCCUCCCGGGAGGGCCCGGGACGAGGGUGCGGCCCUCUCCCUGCCGCGGGCCUGGGGACCCUCUCCCUGGCUGCCUCAGGCUUCUCUCGCGAAGAGGAAACGCAAAAAAAAGGAAAAGGAAAACCCGUGCUCGUCCCCUUCCUCCUGCUGUCCUCGGCAGCGGCGUCGUCAGUCCUGGGGCUGUCUGUCCCUCAGCCCUGCGCGGCCAGGCAGGGCACGUGCUCACAGUCCUGGGUUGAUUUAUUUUUUUAAGGGGGGUAGUUUUAUUUUGGUGGGGUUGGGCGGGAAGGAAGGCUGGGGUUUUGUAAGUGUCCACCGCUUGUCCCGUUACUUUUCCAUUUUUCUUCUUCCUCCCUCUGUCCCUUCGCCUUCCUUCUUUCCCAGCCCUUCAGUCCCCAUU